AUGACGCCUGCGAGAAGUAUCAUCGUCACUGGGGGGGCAUCUGGCAUUGGGCUGGGCAUCACCCGACACCUCAUCGAAGAACCCAACACGCACAUCACCAUCCUCGACAUCAAUCCAACGACAGGUUCCCAGACGCUGAAAGACCUGCACGUGAAAUUCCCAUCCGCUAGUAUUACAUUUGAGGAAUGCGAUGUCUCUUCCUGGGACAGCCAAGCUGCCGCAUUCGAGAAGAUACAUGCUCAGCAAGGCCGGAUCGACAUUGUCUUCGCGAAUGCCGGAAUAACAGAGAAGGGCAGUCUGUUACCAUCAAAGAACCCGGAUGGUGCGAGGAAAGGACCCGUCAAGCCAAAUCUGGCGACGUUGAAUGUUAACCUGGUAGGACUUAUCUACUCCGUCCAACUUGGCAUUCACUAUAUUUCUAAAAACACCGCAUCGGAGGGCAAUUCUAAAGGACUCAUUGUUUGCACCGCCUCUAAUGCGGGUCUAUAUCCCUUCGCGAUUGCACCGAUGUACGCCGCCACCAAGCACGGGGUCAUAGGUCUCGUACGGUCCCUGGCUCGCUCGUUGGAAAUCGAGCAGAUUCGGAUUAAUGCAUUAGCACCUGCUGUUAUUGAAACGAAUAUUGCACCUAGUGCAGAGCUGUUCAAGUCCAUGGUUCUCACGCCAAUGUCGACUGCGCAGAAGGCUGUGGCUCGAUUCAUAGAAGAUCCCUCUCUGACGGGCAAAGUUGCAGAGUUGCAUGGUGAACAUGUCACACUCGCGGAUCCUCCGCCAUAUGUAGAUGAGGAUACGGGGAAGAAUAUUGAGACGUUUUGGAACUUGGGGUAUGCAUAG